CAGAAGCACCAGCCCGGGACAGGGAGGGCGGGUGGCUCUGUGGUCUCGGGCCUUGGAAGCCCCGGUGUCAAGGCCCACCUCCAUGCCAGCUCUGCUCCAGGUGGGGCCUUCUGGGGCAGCAAAGAGGGGGGAUGCCUGACCGAGCUCUCUAAGUCACUGUGAGCCCCCUCGCUCUAGUGGGGCCGACCCCCACAACCCUGCUCCUGCAGCCCCAGAGUCCCUGGCUCCCUGAGGGGAUGGGUCCGCGUUGUUAGCCAGGGGUCAGAGUUGGGGCUCCUGCUUGGGCACCAGCCCACCAGCCCCCGGCAUCCCCCUUCAUCUCCCACCUCCACUGCAGGGCCUCGCUUCCGGCACUGGGGUGAGGAGCUGAGACCGCCCGAUAAACUGAGCUGCUUCCUCUGGGGCAGGAAGGGAGGGUGGGGGCCAGCGCCGGGUGGGAGGAGGACUCGUGCCGCCAGGUCAGCUGAGCACCCAUGGACCCCAGCGGCAGCAGGCCCGGGGAGCAGCUGAGUGGCCCCCUGGUAGACCUGCUGCAAGAACAGACAGAACCUCCAUCACACCACUUACCCCCAGAGGAGCGGGUCCUGCUCUACGAGGAAGCGCUGUACACAAUCCUGCACCGCCUGGGGCAGCCAGAGCCAGACCACGUGAGUGAGGCCUCGGAGCUGCUGCACUACCUGCAGGAGGCCUUCCACAUAGAGCCCCAGGAACAUGAGCAGCUGCUGCGACGGGUCCAGGAGCUUGAGAAGCCGACAUUCUGUCUGAAGGCCACAGUGAAGCAGGCUAAGGGCAUUCUGGGCAAGGAUGUCAGUGGCCUCAGUGACCCCUACUGCCUGCUGGGCAUAGAGCAAGGGGUGGGCGUGCCCGGGGGCAGCCCCACCUCUCGGCGCAGGCAGAAGGCCGUGGUGCGGGAUACCAUCCCAGAGGACCAGACCCACCGCACCCAGGUCAUCACUCAGACGCUCAACCCGGUUUGGGACGAGACCUUCAUCCUGGAGUUUGAGGAUAUAGCCAGUGCCAGCUUUCAUCUGGACAUGUGGGACUUGGACGCAGUGGAGUCGGUGAGACAAAAGUUGGGCGAACUCACAGACCUACACGGGCUGCGAAGGAUCUUCAAGGAGGCGCGCAAGGACAGGGGCCAGGACGACUUCCUGGGCAAUGUGGUUCUAAGGCUGCAGGACCUGCACUGUCGUGAGGACCAGUGGUACCCCUUGGAACCCUGCACCGAGACCUACCCAGACCGUGGCCGCUGCCACCUCCAGUUCCAGCUCAUUCACAAGCGGAGAGCCACUGCAGCCAGCCGCUCCCGGCCCAGUUAUGUUGUACACCGCCACCUCCUGCAGCAGCUGGUAUCCCACGAGGUCACCAAGUACCAGGCGGGCAGCACCUCCUGGGAUGGAUCCCUGAGUCCCCAGGCUACUACCAUCCUCUUCCUCCAUGCCACGCAGAAGGACCUGUCCGACUUUCACCAGUCCUUAGCGCAGUGGCUGGCCUACAGCCGCCUCUACCAGAGCCUGGAGUUUCCCGGCAGCUGCCUUCUGCAUCCUAUCACCAGUAUUGAGUACCAGUGGAUCCAGGGCCGGCUCAGAGCCGAACAGCUGGAAGAGCUGGCCACCUCCUUCAGCUCCCUGCUGGCCUAUGGCCUUGCCCUCAUCCGGAAGUUCCGAUCUGUCUUUCCCCUGUCCAUCCCCGACUCCCCAGCCCGGCUGCAGUCUCUCCUCAGGGUCCUGGCACAAAUGUGCAAGAUGAAGGCCUUCGGAGAACUGUGCCUGGACAGUCCCCCAUUGCCUCAGCUGGUGACUGAGGCCCUCCAGACAGGCACAGUUGAGUGGUUCCACCUGAAACAGCAGCAUCACCAGCCCAUGGUGCAGGUGAGGGGCUCCCAGGCGGGAGGGCGUGGGAGUGCCUGCCUGUGUCGGUUCCCACUCAACGUGCUUACACCCCACCAGGGCGUGCUGGAAGCUGGUAAGGCCCUGCUGAGCCUGGUGCAGGAUGUCCUUGGCGACCUGCACCAGUGCCUGCGCACCUGGAACAAGAUCUUCCACAAUGUCCUCAGAAUCGACCUCUUCUCCACGGCUUUCUGGGAGCUGCAGGGCCUGGUGGCCAAGCAGGCACAGGACCACAUGGCGACCGUGUGCCCCCCUGUGUCCCCAGAGAUGGGCGAGAGUCUCUUCCAGCUCUAUGUCAGCCUCAAGGAGCUCUGCCAGCUAGGCCCACUCCCCUCUGAGAGGGACAGAGUCCCAGCCCUAGAUGGCUUCCACUGCUGGUUUCAGCCAGCCAUCCCCUCCUGGUUGCAGAAGACGUACAACGUGGCCCUAGAGCGUGUGCAGCGCGCCGUGCAGAUGGACCAGCUUGUGCCCCUGGGUGAACUGACCAAGCAUAGCACAUCAGCCGUGGAUCUGUCCACUUGCUUCGCCCAGAUCAGCCACACUGCCCGGCAGCUGGACUGGCCGGACCCAGAGGAGGCCUUCAUGAUCACAGUCAAGUUUGUGGAGGACACCUGUCGCUUGGCCCUGGUGUACUGCAGCCUUAUCAAGGCCCGAGCCCGGGAGCUGUCUGCAGGCCAAAAGGACCAGAGCCAGGCAGCCGACAUGCUGUGUGUGGUGGUGAACAACAUGGAGCAACUGCGGCUGGUGACCAACAGGCUGCCCUCCCAGCUGGCCUGGGAAGCCCUGGAGCAGCGGGUCGGGGCUGUGCUGGAGCAGGGGCAGCUACAGAACACACUGCACGCCCAGCUGCAGAGUGCUCUGGCUGGGUUGGGCCAUGAGAUUCGUACAGGAGUGCGCACACUGGCUGAACAGCUGGAGGCGGGCAUCGCCAUGCACAUCCAGAAGCUUGUGAGUGUCCGGGACUCUGUCCUACCUGAAGAUGCCAUCCUGCCUCUGAUGAAGUUCCUGGAGGUGAAGCUCUGCUACAUGAACACCAACCUGGUGCAGGAGAAUUUCAGCAGCCUCCUGAGCCUGCUGUGGACUCACACCCUGGUGGUGCUGGUGGAGGCCGCCACCGCCCAGCGCAGCUGCCCCCUGACUUCCUGCAGGCUCAAGACUGCCCUGCAGAACCUGGAGAUUUGUUUCCAUGCUGAGGGCUGUGGCCUGCCGCCGGAGGCCCUGCACACAGCCACCUUCCAGGCUCUGCAGAGGGACCUGGAGCUGCAGGCGGCCUCCAGCCGGGAGCUCAUCCAGAAGUACUUCUGCAGCCGCAUCCGGCAGCAGGCAGAAACCACCUCUGAGGCCCUGGGGGCGGUCACGGUCAAGGCCUCCUACCGCGUCGCGGAGCAGAAGCUUCGCGUGGAGAUCCUCAGUGCUUCCAGCCUGCUGCCGCUGGACUCCAAUGGCUCCAGUGACCCCUUCAUCCAGCUGACCUUGGAGCCCAGGCAUGAGUUCCCCGAGCUGGCCCCCAGGGAGACUCAGAAGCACAGGAAGGACCUGCACCCUCUGUUUGAUGAGACCUUUGAAUUUUUGGUGCCAGCUGAGCCUUGCCAGAAGGACGGGGCAUGCCUCCUGCUCACCGUGCUGGACCAUGACACGCUGGGUGCUGACGACCUGGAAGGGGAGGCCUUCCUGCCUCUCUGCUCAGUGCCUGGGCUGAGCGGCUCCGAGGAGCCUGGUGAGGUGCCUCAGACCCGCCUGCCCCUCACGUACCCUGAACCCAACGGGGACCCAAUCCUGCAGCUGCUGGAGAGCCGGAAAGGUGACCGCGAGGCCCAGGUCUUCGUGCGGCUGAGGCGGCUGAGAGCCAAGCAGGCUUCCCAGCAUGCCCUGCAGCCAGGGCGGUAGCAGUGGAGGCUGAGGGGAGGGCGGGGGCCUGCCAGGCCAUUUGCUUGCCCUCCGAGGUCCUCCUGCAGAGCAGAGCCCCUGCGACGGAGCACCAGCCGCUGUGUUUGUACUCCUUCCCUGCCUCCCCACCGCAGCCCUGACCUGGGUGCCCUGGGCUCCUCUUGGAAAAACUAGUUUUAGCGGAAUGGGGUCUUCUAGUCCACCUGUUUCAGGCUCUGGAGGGGGCCAGGCCCGCAGAAGUGACAGCUACAAGGGACAGGAGCCUGGAGAAGCCCUUGUGGCUCAGGACAGCAGGGGAUAUGGAGGGACCAGGGAAGACAGAGCGACGACAGCACUUGUCACCUAGGAUCCUUAGCAAAACUAAUAAACCAUCCAGUCACCUCAGAAAGUACAUUCUUGGCCUGCAGCUAGUCCCCAAGGCUGGCCAGGCUGGAACACCUUCUCUUGGCCCUCAGACGCAGAGCUGCCCCCACAGCAGAGCACGGAGGCAGUGUGAGCCUAACCGCCCCGGCACGAGGCUGGAGGGAGGCUGGAGGGAGGCUGGAGGCGUGCGUUCACCUCGCACACGCAUUCCUGGCUGCUGCUCAGGAUGGGGUCCCAGGCUGUGGGUCAGACGGUGCUCUACUGGCAGGCACAGCAGAGCCGGGUGCUGUCAGCUGUAAACCACUCAGCCUAGCCUGCACACAGUGCCGGCGAGGGGUUGGGCGAGUGCCCCUCCCAGCACACCACCUGUGGCCCACUGAGACAGACCCCUGCCAGGGUGUUUCCUUGCC